AUGGACGAGAUCCACAUCUCGUGGCAGGGGGCGGUAAAGCCGACACCGAGCGACCUAUCGAGUCUCUUGUCUGUGAGGCGGCGCGUUGUCGAGAGGGCUCUUGUUUGGCUGAAGAGAAACAACCCACACUAUGCCGAGAUCGAGAUCGACGCGGCUGAGAUGGAGAGCUGGGGAGAGUCGGCCCACGGGGUGCCGCCGUCGGUGUACGGGCGCCUGGAGCGGAACGAGCCGUCGGCAUGGGAGAAGACGCGGACGGCGCAUAUCGUGCCGCCCACGGAGCGGGCCAUGGACGACGAGGGCGCGGUAGAGAUCGAAGAAGUCCUGUCUCUGCUCAACCAAGGGGGAGGAAGCGCGACGAUUCUCGAGGACGACGAGCCAGAGUCAAUCGAGGUAGACGAGGCGCGUGGUCAGAGCGGCGACGAGGCUAAUCACGAUGCGGAGACGAUCAACGAGGUAACCUCGUCGGGAAUGUUUGCGUUAGACGGGCCGCCCGACGUCGCCGACGUGGAUAAAUUGCGCUUCGCAUGUGAUGCCGUCCGCGAAGGGCGGGCGACGACGGCGGCGCGGGUCCGAGGACGCAGAGGCACCGCCGACAUACGCGAGCAGGAGGCCGCGACGCGAGAGCUCGUGUCGUCUCGGAACAUGAGCCUUCGGACCUGGGCCGACACGGUGUUACGACGCCACGGUGGCCGGUUCGCGACGCACCACAUCUUCGCCUUCCUCGUCUUUAAUAUAGGCGUGCGGUCGAGGAACCGCCGCGUCAGCAUGCUAAGCGUGACGAGGAAGAACUUCCGCAAGGUGGAGCGCAUCGUACGGUCGCUAACCGCGGACGGAUUGGCGGCGGCCAGGGCCGAGCUAGAGAGCACAGGCAAGACGACCGAUGAUGCGGUGAAGGAGCUGCUCAGGAGCCUUUCGCUGUAUGGCGUACCGCGCGCGCGACCCGAAGCGGCCGAGGAGUUCCUACGAAGCCUCGAUAAGGCGUUCAAACGUGUGCGGCUGUCCGUGUCCGACCCGAUGAGCUCGGCCGUCUUCUUCCACCGCGAGAUGACGCUGUUCUUCGAGCAUUACGUCAAUGCCGGGGGGGAGUCGGUCUUCGGCCGCGUCAGCCAGUAUUAUGGCGCCGUGAAACGAACGAGCGAGGCUCCUCCACGUGCACGGGCUGCUCUGGCUCGAGGAAACGCCCACCUCAGCUCGAUGCUUGCCGACUCAGACGGCGGGAACAAGCGGCAUACCGCGAGCGAAUCGUCCGCUACGUCGAUAGACCUGGACCAGGAAGGGUUCUGCGCCGUCGAGGCAGAGCGUUCGGUGACGUCCGAUAUCUCGUCCCUGCUGGACAGGGCCGAUCAGUUCUCGGCCUCGUUCGAGGAGGAAGCCAACUUCUGCGCCGGCGCGACCCAGAUCCAUACCCACAGCCCGACAUGCGUCAAGUACUCCCUCGGCAGCAAGGGGCGGAAGGGCGCCGACCUCUGUCGCUUUAAGGCACCGUGGGAGCGGGUCGAGGAGACGACCCUGUCAGCGGACGGCGUGCUGCGGAUCCGCAGAACACAUCCCAUGCGGAAGACCAUGGCGCUCGUCUACUACGUGACCAAUUACGCGACUAAGGUGGAGGACCCGACGUGGAAGCGCGUCGCCGCCGCCGCCGAACUGCUGCCCGUCGUGUCGGCCGGUAGUCAGCCGGGUGCCGGGGAUGACACGCGGCAGUUUCUCAUGAGAGUGGCGAAUCGGGUGUUCACGGAGCGGGCGCUGUCGCAAGUCGAGGUCGUCGCCCAUCUGCUGGGACACCCGAGCGAGUUCUCGGGAAGCAGCGCCUGGGCGUACCUGAACGUGUCGGUGCUAUACUGGCACGUCUCGAGGCUCUGGCGACACCUUCGGCAGCAGAGCGGCACCGCGGCGGUCGAAGACGUGUCCGUCGCGGACGAGUCGGUCGUCGUCGAACAAGCAGGCGAGAGGAUCAGUUUCGCCGAGGCCUAUCAUCAUCGCGGACAUGUCCUACGAGGCUUGUGCCUAUACGACUAUGUUUCGCUCGUCAGGCUCCAACGCGUCGGCAAGGCCGGCUGCUCCGGCGGCUCCGGCGGCUGGGUGGCCGGUAAAGACUGGGUCCAGGUGCUAAGGCGGCCGGGAAAGUACGCCGUCGUCUGCCUCGACGGCUACCUAAGCAAGGAUUUCGAGCAGGACGACGAGGAAUCGGCUCAUCGCAGGGCUGCCGUCCAGCAUCUUGCGCUAUUUGUGCCGUGGGAAGCCUUUCUCGGCGAAGGAGGGGACAUCAAUGAGAUAUGGAGGCGGGCGCGAGCUGCUUCCGCCGAGAAUCUCGUGCCUCGUCGACAACGUUCAACUGCUCCGGCGGUCCGCCGAGGACGCGAGGCGAGACGCCAAGCAGUGGGCGGCCUCGGGCGGCGCCGGGAUUGCGCCGGCGCUCUCGGCGAGGCGGGGAGGGGAGGAGGCGACACCCGGGGACGACGACGCGGCCUCGGCGUACCAGGCCGACAACGUCGGAAGGCAACGCGACUAAUCGACGUCGUCCGAAGCGCGGCCGGGGCGAACCAGAUCACGGCGGGAUCGCGCGAGCUCUCGGGUAUGAUACAGCAGCUGUGCCGCUUCCAGCAGUCAGCGCUGGCCUCGACCGCCGAGCUCGAGGCCUCCAUCGUCAGGGAACGGGGCGGGAGGCGCAUCGACUUGCCGGGGCGGGUCUUUUCCGGGGCCGCGGUGCCGCCGCAGGACCAGGUCAAGGCCAUCAAGUCGCAGCAGACGAGCGCCUCGAGGAGAGGUGAAGAUGAUACAGGGUAUACAAAGCAUGGCCACGGCCCACGGCACCGAUCGUGGCGCGGCGGGCGGAGUGUGCUGACCGGCUUCGGCGAGGAAGGCGUGCAGAUAACGGCGGCGGAAGCCGGGGAGACGGCAGGUAACGCCGAGGCCGGCAUGGAAGUCCGCCUCGGCCCGUCGACCUCGUUCCUCGAGGCCGGAAAAGGCUUGACGAGACGCUUGACGCUAAACAAGAAGCAGGCGAUUGCCUUCUCCAUAAUAUGCCGCCACCUGGACUCGAUGCGGCAAGGAGACGGAGGCGACGUCAGCCAGCUCUGUCAGUUCGUCGGCGGCGAGGGCGGUACCGGCAAGUCGCGCGUCAUCGAAGCACUCGUCGGCCUCUUUGCCGCUAAGGGCAUCUCGAGCCGGCUGCUGAUCACGGCGACGUCGGGGACCGCGGCGGCCCGGGUCAACGGUAUCACCAUCCACUCCGCCUGCGGCUUCACCAAGGACCAAGGGCCGGGCGCGAACACGGCGAGGGAGGUCGACGGCGUACGGCUGCCGAGGCAGGCGGAGCGGUUCGUCGACGGCGAGUCCCGCAUGGACUGGCAGGACAAGGAGGUGCUCGUCAUCGACGAGGUAAGCAUGCUCGGCGCGCGCACGCUGCACGCCUUCCGCCCGGUCCAGGAAAGGUCGAUCCUACUGCCGAGCUCGGCCGUCUCGUGGGACGAGGACUACUCGUUCAGGGCCGAGCAGCGCCACCAGCACGACAAGGCGCACGCGCUGUGGAAGCGGUUCACCACUGUCGUCAUGCUGGACGAGCAGAUGCGCGCCGCCGGCGACCCGGAGCUGCAGAGGCUGCUAAAGCGGAUCCGACUGGGCGUGCAGGAUCACACCGACCUAGACCUCCUUAACUCAAGAUGCUACCGGGAAGGCAGGCGAAUCCCAUUCCAGAUGCAACGACGUUUGACGAUACGCAUCUUCAUCUCCGAGCAUAAGUGGAAGGAGGGGCUGCCGACCGAGGAAGAGGCCAUCAUGAUGCUAAACCAGGGCGACGACAGCGCGACCCCAGUGCCGGGCGUCUUUAUGUUUGUGGCCGGGAUGCCGGUCGUCGUGAACCACAACACCCACCAGGGGCUGAAGCUGGUGAACGGCGCCAGCUACACGGCGGCCGAGGUCAUCGUCGACAAGGUGCACCCGGCGCAUCGCAUCUCGGCCGAUAUGGCGAUCCACUUCGGGCCGCCGGCGGCGAUCAUACUAGGGUCGGAGACGACUAAGGACUUCCACUUCGUCGGGAUGCCGCCCGGCACGAUCCUGCUGACGCCUAUGAGCGUCAGGAUCCAGUGUCACCGGAAGCGACCGUGGCAGCAGAAGGAGGUCACCCGCAAGGGCCUGCCGUGCGCCGCGGCCUUCGCGUGCACCGAUUAUAAGGUGCAGGGCGGGACGCUCGAGCGUGUCGCGCUCGAGCUGCGAGGGACGAGGACGACAAACGUCGGUGGACACGGCAUCAUGCUCAUAUCGGAGGUGCGAGAGAGAGACUUCGUGGGAAACCGGGUCCCCCGGGAGAUGACGGCCGCACAAGCGAGGCUCGAGGAACUGAGUGACAGAACCGUCCGGGAGGCGCUGCGCUGGCUCGGCGACGACUUCGAAUACGCGUAG